AUGCAGCUUCGAGGUGGACUAAUUUUCUCCGACAAAUUCCUUCAAAUUGCCACUUAUCUGCCAUCCGAUGCAAUGUACGGUUGGGGAGAGAAUGUUCACUUAUCGCUGAAGCACGAUUUUUCUACAUAUACGACAUGGGGUAUGCUAGCAAGAGAUGAACCUCCUAGUUCAUAUGGAUUGGUAACUAAAAAUCUCUAUGGUGUUCAUCCUUUCUACAUGAUCAUGGAACCAGAUGGUAAUGCACAUGGAGUACUCAUUUUGAAUAGCAAUGCUCAGGAAGUGACAACCGCUCCGGGACCAGCGCUGAUCUAUCGUACGAUCGGGGGUAAUCUAGACCUGUAUUUCUUCCCAGGUCCUACUCCGGAAGAAGUCACACAGCAAUAUCUCGCCCUGAUCGGCACCCCAUUCCUA